UCCUGUGCUGAAACACCAAACACUUGAUAUAUUCAUCAAAAGGUGUGCGGGGCGGCAACAACAGCGAUGGGUGUCUGGUACGCGUUCCGGUCCGGGGUGCUGGUGGCAGCAGCUGCUGCUGCUGUUGCUUCUCCUGCCGAAGCCUUCAUUACUUCGUUCGGAGGAGGAGGAUCGAAGAUGCUGCGUGUCGGGCAACGACACCAGCCUUCGUUUAAAAGCAGCGGCAGCUGCUCCAGGCAGCGUCGCGCCGACCUCGACAUGAAGUACGUCCCUGACGGCCUUUCCCCCGAGCAGUGGAAGAAGAUGCAGAAGGAGGAGGCUGAGAAGAAGAAAAAGAUGGGCGACCUUGGGCAGGUGGGAGUGAAGAGCUUCAAAAGCAGGAGCCUCCAGGCGUGGCAGGAGGACGGGGCCGGCCACCUCUUCCCCGUAGACCCCAAGAAGGUAAAAUCGGGAGAGAUCCCUCCUGAAAAAACCCCGUACAUGCAGAGGAAAGGGGCGUGGGACAACUCCGACCUGGCCAAGAAGAACCUCCAGAAGAAGUGGUCCGCCACAGACAAGGCUUACGCUGCGAAACCGCCACCGGCGGGGGAGAGGGCGGCGGCGGCGGCCAAGAAGGCGGCAGACGACAAGAAGAAGGCGCAGAAGGCGCAGAAGCUCAACCCCGACGAUGUCGGAAAGAAGAAGGGGAUUUUCGGUCUUGGGUAG